AUGUCACUCCCGGAUGAAGCUCUACGCAAGAUCCUGUUUGAAUUACAAAAUCGUCUUGUAGAAAAUACUAGGCAACUUAAUACAGUAAAAUCCCAAGUUCAAUUAAAAGAACGUGAAAAGCGUUUGGCUGAAAUUACCAAACGUGAAUUAUCAUCUUUGGAAAAUGAUACUAGGACAUAUAAAUCUGUGGACAUAAGAGAUUUGACUAAUGAACUUAGUAAUCGUGUUUCAAAAAUAGAUACAGACCUUAUUACCCUAGAUAAAUCAAGAAAAUAUUUAGAAAGAAAUAUUGAUGAAUCAUCAAAUGGUUUAAGAGAAAUUGUUGGUGCACGUCCUUGA